ACGCCGGCGAAGCUGAUUUUCUUCUAAGGCUAAUUGAAGAUUGCACAUGGCGAGAGGUAACAAUGGCACAAGGCGUCCAAAGCCAAACCUAUUGAUCACAGGGACUCCCGGUACCGGUAAAUCGACGACGGCUUCUGCUCUGGCUGAAGCCACGAAUCUCCGGUAUAUUUGCGUCGGAGAUCUGGUCAAAGAGAAAAACUUGCACGAUGGCUGGGACAAUGAGUUCGGGUGUCACAUCAUCAACGAAGACUUGGUGUGUGAUGAGCUUGAAGAUGUUAUGGUAGAAGGAGGAAACAUUGUGGACUACCAUGGCUGUGACUUCUUUCCUCAGCGAUGGUUUGAUCGCGUUGUGGUGCUUCGAACUGAGAACUCCAUUUUGUAUGACCGUUUAACUAACAGGGGUUACUCGGGAACCAAGCUUAGUAACAACCUUGAAUGUGAAUUGUAUCAAAUCCUACUCGAAGAAGCAUGUGACAGUUAUGAAGAGGAAAUUGUCACUGCACUACAAAUCACUAUCUCGAAAGUCAAAGAAGCUGCGAAACAAGGUGAAACAAUGCUGGCGAAGACAGUUUUCCCUACAGGUCUCCUUGUUUUGAGGAGCUUCUCAUCAGUUGCUUCAAAGACACUACUUAAAGUGGGAGAUGUUUUAAGAGAAACAAGAGUGUUCUCAAGUGAAGAUGUUAAGGCCUAUGCUGAGGUGAGCCAUGAUUGGAACCCACUCCAUUUCGAUCCAGAAUCUGCUCGUAAAGCCGGAUUUGAGAAUCGCCUUGUCCACGGCAUGCUUGUUUCUUCCAUGUUUCCUCGUAUCAUCUCUGCCCAUUUCCCUGGAGCAGUAUAUGUAUCUCAAAGUCUGCAUUUUCGGUCACCGGUUUACCUAGGUGAUGAAAUUCUCGGACUAGUUCAAGCAACAGCUUUAAGAGAAACCAAGAAUAAGUACAUUGUCAAAUUCUCAACUAAAUGCUUCAAGAACCACAACGAACUUGUUGUUAUUGAUGGUGAAGCUACUGCAAUUUUACCAAACCUUGAGAUGUUGCAGAACUUAAAGUCGAUUGUGAUUGGUGCUGAUGGUCCUAGAAGUCCAAAGGAUGGAUCUUCUGCAACGCCUUUGGGGAUGCUCAAGGAGAUUGAACAAGGAAGAAAUAACACCAAACUUCUCACUAAUGGAUCACCUGUUGCUGCUUAAACAAUGACUCUGUUCUCUGUUCUGUUUUUGUGUUUGUGUUUUUCAUUUCUGUUGGUCUGAAACUAGUAGUGCUUACAAGUUUUUAUGAGUUUUUUCUUUGUACGUUUCAUUAGUUUAAAUUAAUUUGAUUGCAAUCA